CCGGACCCUCAUUUGAGACUGAGAAGCGCCGUUCUAGCUGCUUCCCUUCGUUCUCAGCAAAGUGUCCGACAAGUCUCUCAACUCUACUGUCAAUAGGCGCAGGAUAAGAACCUCCAACACCACAAUGCUGUUCUAAAGUUUCUCUCUCUUCCUCCCUCCCUCUCUCUCUAUAUUUCUGUAUAUAUCUAUGGGCUGGACUUCGACUCUCUCUCUCUAUUCUCAUCCAAAGGUUUCGAUCAGAGCUCACCAAAGUAAGCACGAAUUGCGGCGCAAAGUGUUGAUCAACUCCUCGGGCUAUUUUGCGCCUCGUGUGAAUUUAGCUACUACUGUAUCAUACCAAAUCAAUAGAAGAAGAUGUUUCAGAUUCAAAAGCUUGGUCGUCAGAGCUGCUGCUGCUUCGUCUUCGUCUAGGGCUGACGGUGGUUCGAGGCGACCGGCGAGUGGUCGGAGGGUUUAUAAGGAAUCUCAAGGCCAAGGGCCUUUGUCUGCCGUCCCGGUGAAGGAGAUUGCUUCCUUCGUUGUUCCGGCCGGUGUGUUCGUUGUGGUUACAUUUGUUUUGUGGAAAUUGGUGGAGAAAGUCCUUCUGCCAAAACCAUCAAGGCCUUCGUCAGUGGAAAAUCAAUCUUCUUCCCAAGGAACGAAAUGGUCCUUUGCCGCUGGCACAAAUUUAUUACCAGGUCGUGGUGCAAAGAUUGACAGAGAGUCCAAGCAGAAGCUCAAUGAAUUUGCCAAAGAACUUAGGUCUUUCAGAAGUGUAGACAUGUCAGGUCGUAACUUUGGAGACGAGGGACUAUUUUUCCUUGCCGAGAGCUUAGCAUACAAUCAGAGUGCAGAGGAAGUGAAUUUUGCUGCCAAUGGAAUAACCUCAGCUGGAUUAAAAGCCUUUGAAGGUGUUCUUCAAUCAAACAUUGUACUAAAGACUCUUAAUUUAACUGGAAAUCCAAUUGGAGACGAAGGAGCUAAGAUCUUAUGUGAUAUACUUGUGGAUAAUGCUGGUAUUCAGAAGCUCCAACUGAACAGUACUGACUUGGGGGAUGAGGGAGCAAAAGCUAUUGCUGAGAUGUUAAAGAGAAAUUCAAGCUUGCGUGUUCUUGAACUUAACAACAAUACGAUUGAUUUUUCUGGAUUCACAAGUCUUGCUGAAGCACUUCUUGAGAAUAAUACAAUACAAAAUAUGUCUCUCAAUGGUAAUUAUGGUGGUGCUUUGGGGGCUGGUUCUCUGGCAAAAGGGCUUGAGGGUAACAAAUCUUUGAAGGAACUUCAUUUGCAUGGAAAUUCUAUUGGAGAUGAAGGAAUUCGUGCUUUGAUGUCUGGUUUAUCUUCGCAUAAAGGGAAACUUGUUCUUCUAGACAUUGGCAACAAUGCAAUUAGCUCCAAAGGUGCCUUCCAUGUUGCUGAAUACAUCAAGAGAAGCAAGAGUUUGUUUUCAUUGAACCUUUACAUGAAUGACAUUGGAGAUGAGGGAGCUGAGAAAAUAGCGGAGGCUUUGAAGCAGAACCGCACAAUAACAGCCAUAGAUCUGGGGGGGAAUAACAUCCAUACUAAGGGGGCCAGUGACAUAGCUCAGGUUUUGAAAGAUAAUAAUAUAAUUGUUAUUUUGGAACUUAGUUAUAAUCCCAUUGGACCAGAUGGAGCAAAGGCUUUAUCUGAAGUUCUUAAGUUUCAUGGAAAGAUAAAAACCCUCAACCUUGGUUGGUGCCAGAUCGGAGCAAAGGGUACAGAGUUCAUCGCAGAUACCUUGAAGUACAAUACUACCAUAUCAACUCUGGACUUGCGUGCAAACGGACUUAGAGAUGAGGGUGCCAUCUGCCUGGCUCGCAGUUUGAAAGUGGUUAAUGAAGCUUUGACUUCACUUGAUUUAGCAUUUAAUGAAAUAAGAGAUGAAGGUGCAUUUGCUAUUGCUCAAGCACUCAAGGCUAAUGAAGACGUGAAAAUCACAUCGGUAAACCUUGCCAGCAAUUUCCUCACCAAAUUGGGGCAGAGUGCUCUAACAGAUGCAAGAGACCAUGUAUAUGAGAUGAAUGAAAAGGAAGUCAACAUUUUUUUCUAGAAGUCUGCUUAAAGGAGGGGAAUUAUAUCCUUUUGUUAAUCUUUUAAAACAAGACUACACAUCAUGGUUUAAUUUUUUCCCGGCAAGUACUUAAUAUAAAAUCCACUCCCUUAGUUCCAAUUCAUUGAGUUCCGACAAACAUCACAUUGACAGAGGAAGAUUGGAGAUUUUGGCAUUUGAGAUAUCAUAGUUAAGCUUCGUUCACAGAGAGUUAAACACUAGAUUGAAACUUUAUUGGUUUCUGUAGGAUGAUUUUGUAAUUAAUUAAGAGGUCUUAUAUUUUUGGUGCUUCAAGAAUGGUAGGAGAUGGUAGGCAUAGAAUUGAACAUGCAGACCGGUAUACGCCAAUAUGUGCAAUUUGAUGCUUUGUGGAUGCAAUCAAACGGCUCCUGUAGUCACAUAGCCGUUACUUUGAACCUGUUUAUUUAUUUCUCAAAUAGUUUAUGGAAGUUAUGGUUGAAAUGAAUAGGCCAAAUAAUCAACUUAUUAGAGUA